AUGGUUGUAGCAAGCACUCUCAUUCUGCGGCUAAGCUUGAUCUGUACCGUGUUGGUCGCAAGCAGUGCCAUCGAUUCGGCAAACUGGAUGAGACAGCACAUGGGAUUACUCGGUGGAAGACCACUACAACGCAUCUGUAUUCCAGGAACGCACAACUCCGGAAUGCACACUCUCAACGGAGGAACCGCUUUCGCAAAGACAUGUAACAUCCUGAACCAAAGUCAGAGCAUUCGUAGGCAGCUUGAAAUGGGAAUCAGGUAUUUUGACAUUAGACCCAUUAUCUCCGGAGGAAAGUUCAAGACCGGGCACUACAGCAAGAUUCCAGGAGGUCUUUGGCAAGGAGGGAAUGGACAGUUUCUCGAUUCAAUCAUCAACGACAUUAAUGACUUCACAAGAGAACACAAAGAGCUAGUCAUCGUUCAUUUGUCGCACGCUUUGAAUACGGACGUGGGGAAAAAAUAUAGAAGUUUCAACGAAGAAGAAUGGAACAGGCUCUUUCAACUGCUUGAAAGAACAGAGAACCUGUUCUUUGGACCUGAAAAUGCCUACCUUCCUGGAUAUACCUUGGGACAACUUACAAACAAUGGUAACAGAGCUGCGGUUAUCUACAUAGUCAACGACGCUGGAGCAAAGUUAGGUCAUCGUUACGGCAGAGGGUUCUUCUACUGGGGCAAUAUCCAGGUAUAUGACAGGUACGCGGACUCCGACAAGGUUUCAAGUAUGUCCAACGAUCAGUUCAACAAGAUGAAGCAGGAGUCACCCAGGAGGUAUUUCCUUCUUUCGUGGACUUUGACCCAGAAACCCUUUGACGCAACCACCUGCCCGAUGGGAAAGAGCAUAAGCAAACUCGCCAAGGACGCCAACCGCAACCUUCAUAAGAUAUUGCCAGAAGUUUCGGUGGCUGCGUAUCCCAACGUCAUCUCUGUGGACUUCGUCGAAAGUCUUGAGACAUCCUCGUCUCCAGAAUCCAUUCUAGAUACAAUGGGAAUCUUGGGACUCAAAAAGCUCGAUUCUAACGAUAACUAA